AUGUCUCUGUGCCCUUUUUUUGGGGGUCUAAAAUCUUUACGUAUAGAUAUACUAUUUGUGCAACCUGGCAGUCGCCAAUGGUUCCUUGUUGAUGGUGGCAACAAUCUGUGUGCUCAUAGGGCUUCUGUAGUGUUGCCGCUACAAAUUAAACAUGGAAUUAACAAAAAACUUGGGAAUCUCAAAUAUAAGCAGACUUAUGGUGUUUACACGUUUAUUCAUGUUUUUCAGAUCAUUCCAGUAUGGGAAAACAAAGCAUGUGGUUCCUCCCGCAGUUUAGUUCGAAAAAUAGGAUCACACCUGCCUCUGAAGCCCUGUCCAAGAGCAUGUUUUGAGGCUCUUCCGAGUGCCUCUGACUUGUAUUUCAGUGAUGCACCUCUUGUGCCCACUUUAGCUGAUAUUAAAUGGAUUGCAGCAGAUGAUGAUGAAACCUAUGCAAGAGUCAGGAGUGACAGUAGACCCCUGAAGCACAAAUGGAGGCCAAGCCCACUACUAGUGAUGCAGAGAAAUUCAUCUGUCCCCAAUCUGAAACUGAAAGAGGAGAAAAUAUUUUCUUUGAAGAAACCAGGCAUGUCUUUAAACAGAUCUACAGACUUGCAAGAUGAGCUGAGCCUCCUAAGAACUCAGAUUGCUAGAAUUGUUUCUGGAAAUGCAGCAACUUCAGGCUCUACAGAAUCUUUACCUGGCAAUGUAGAUACAAGUACUCCUUUUGCUGAUUUUGCACCAACAUUUCAGUCAACCACCUCAUUUGUAAUUAGUGACAUUACCGAAGAGGAUGAGCUGGAUGUGUCAGAAUAUUCCACUUCUUCAAUAAUGGAGUCUUCGUUUACUCACCAGCGGCAAAUAGAGGCUAACAUGUCUGAUGAUGAAGACUCAGUUUGUCUCUCAAAGUCCAACAGUUUUGCUGAUAUGAUGGGAAUUCUGAAGGAUAUCCACAAAAUGAAAGCAAGCAGAGAUUGGUCUAAUCGAAACCAAUGUCUGCACAAAGAAGAAGAUCCUAUCAAUCUCAUUUCAGAGGUCCUAAGGCAAAAGUUUGCACUUUGUGACCAGGAUGACAGGAAGAACAUUUAA